CCACAAUUAAUCAAAAUAAAUUGUUCAACACUGUACAAUAACACCUUCAAACGCGUGCUUAAGUCCUCAAUAUCGUCGACUUAAAAACAUAACCUCAAUGAAGCCAAAUAAGAACUCGUUAUCUACAAAUAAGGCAGAUUUAUUCGACUAUGAGCUUGUUGCUUAUUCGGCGACUGUGAAUCUAACCGAUGUCUUAAGCAUAUGCUUAAGACCAGCUUAAAAAUAAGUUGCGACUUCAUCGAGCUUCUACAUAAGAGAAAAACCAUCCGUGAAGUCCAUUUCACAAAUACAGAAAGACAACAAGUUGCAAAAUAUAAUAAUGUAAUGGAAAGUCUACAGACUCUAAAAGAUAAUAGAAAUGAUUGUAAAGAAAAUAUUAGUAAGAAUCUUCUACAUCUGACAACACAUAAACAUUCAGUAUAUAAACUUAUUUAUAAUUCAGAAAAUAGUGCAGGAUUGCCAGUUUCUCAUGACCAUCAUCGGCAAAUAAUAAUGCUUUUAUCUGAAGGAAUUGAUUUUAUAAAUAAGUUGCAGAACAUUUAUAAGAAUUUGGAUAAUGAAAAUAAAGAAAAUAAUGCAAAUUCUGCAAAUCUUACUCAUGAUAUUACAUCUUGUACACGUUCUGUAGAAAGAGAGCUUUAUAAAAUAAAGUUACUAAUUGCUGAAAUACAAAUAUUACAGAAUAAUGCGGAUUUAUUGAAUAAGUUAAAACAAGAAAAUUGUUUAAAUGCUAGUGAUGAAGGUAUGGAAAUUUAAAGAGUGCUAAGUAGAACUUUAAUAACAAAAUUACAUUUUGUUAUUACAGUAUUAAAAAUUAAUAUUUUUUAAUCAGAACCUUUUCUAUUUGUAUUUACUUGCUAUUAACAUAGAAAAUUAUU